AUGGAUGGAAAAUACUCUUAUCUGCAGGAAACAACUAUUGCCCCGCGGAUAAAAUCAGUAACGUUGAUUAUUUUGUUGUUUCAGGAGGACAAAAAAUGUUUCGUAUGUGACUCCAAGGAUCCCUUCCACGAUACUCUCAAUCCUGACAGUCAUCGCAUUGAAAACGUGGUCACCACGUUCGCUCCAAAUCGCCUGAAGCUCUGGUGGCAGUCGGAAAAUGGUUUGGAAAACGUGACUAUCCAGCUGAACCUGGAGGCCGAGUUUCAUUUCACUCAUCUCAUUAUGACCUUCAAGACAUUCCGUCCUGCUGCAAUGUUGAUAGAAAGGUCAUCUGAUUUUGGAAAAACGUGGCAAGUAUAUAGGUAUUUUGCAUAUGACUGUGAGAGCUCAUUUCCUGGGAUUUCAACUGGACCCAUGAAGAAGGUGGAUGAUAUCAUUUGUGAUUCCCGAUACUCCGACAUUGAACCUUCAACGGAGGGAGAGGUAAUAUAUCGCGUUUUAGAUCCUGCUUUUCGAAUUGAAGAUCCGUACAGUCCAAGGAUUCAAAACCUAUUAAAGAUCACAAAUCUGAGAGUCAAAUUCAUCAAGCUGCACACACUGGGGGAUAAUCUUUUGGACUCCAGGAUGGAGAUCAGAGAGAAGUACUACUAUGCCAUCUAUGACAUGGUGGUUCGCGGGAACUGUUUCUGCUACGGACACGCCAGCGAGUGUGCACCAGUGGAUGGCUUUAACGAAGAAGUGGAAGGAAUGGUCCAUGGGCACUGCAUGUGCAGACAUAAUACCAAAGGGUUAAACUGUGAACAGUGUUUGGAUUUCUACCAUGACUUACCCUGGCGACCUGCUGAAGGCCGCAAUAGUAACGCAUGCAAAAAGUGCAACUGCAAUGGCCACUCCAGCCAGUGCCACUUUGACAUGGCUGUGUACAUGACGACGGGGAAUACGAGCGGGGGAGUGUGUGACGACUGCCAGCACAACACCAUAGGACGCAACUGUGAGCAGUGCAAGCCCUUCUACUUCCAGCACCCGGAGAGAGAUCUGCGCGACCCUGACGUCUGUGAGCCUUGCAACUGUGACCCAGCUGGCUCCCAAAAUGGUGGCAUCUGCGAUCGCUACACCGAUUUCUCCACUGGCCUCAUUGCCGGACAAUGCCGCUGUAAAUUAUUUGUCGAAGGGGAGCGUUGUGACCUCUGCAAAGAAGGUUUCUAUGGCCUAAGUGCCGAUGACCCAGCGGGUUGUCAGUCUUGUGCAUGUAAUCCUCUGGGUACCCACCCCGGGGGGAAUCCUUGUGAUUUGGAGACAGGAAACUGCUAUUGUAAGCGCCUGGUGACAGGAAAGCAGUGCAAUCACUGCCUGCCUGAGCACUGGGGCCUGAGCAACGACAUGGAUGGAUGUCGGCCGUGCGACUGCGACCAGGGAGGAGCGCUGAACAACAACUGCUCGAGUCAAUCUGGCCAAUGCGAAUGCCGGCCCCACAUGUUUGGACGUCAGUGCAACCAGGUGGAGCCUGGCUAUUACUUCAUUUCACUCGAUCAUUACAUCUACGAGGCGGAGGAAGCCAGCUUGGGUCCCGGAGUAAACAUAAUAGAGCGCCAGUACACGCCAGACCGCACACCGUCGUGGACAGGCAUAGGAUUUGUAAGAGUCCCUGAGGGGGCGUACCUGGAAUUCUACGUCGACAACAUCCCCUACUCGAUGGAGUAUGAUAUUCUGGUCCGCUACGAGCCACAGUUGCCGGAUCAGUGGGAAAAAGCUGUGAUCAGCGUCUCGCGCCCAGGCAAGAUUCCCACGGGUAGCCGGUGUGGCAAUACAGUUCCUGAUGAUGAUAAUCAGGUCGUCUCACUGUCACCCGGCUCCAGAUACGUCGUUCUCCCGCGGCCUGUCUGCUUCGAGAAGGGGCUGAAUUACACCAUCCGCCUGGAGCUGCCCCAGUACUCCUCGGUGGAUACGGAGACGGAAAGCCCGUACACGCUUAUUGACUCUCUUGUUCUCAUGCCAUACUGCAAAUCGCUGGACAUAUUCACAGUGGGAGGCUCAGGCGAAGACGUGGUCACGAACAGCGCUUGGGAAACUUUCCAAAGAUAUCGGUGUCUGGAAAACAGCAGAAGUGUUGUGAAAACCCCCAUGACGGAUGUCUGCAGGAACAUCAUAUUCAGCAUUUCUGCUCUAUUACACGAGACCGCGUUAUCAUGCCAGUGCGACCCCCAGGGCUCCUUGAGUUCGGUGUGCGACCCCAGCGGAGGACAGUGCCAGUGUCGUCCCAAUGUCGUCGGAAGACAAUGCGACAGAUGCGCCCCUGGCACCUUUGGGUUUGGGCCGAGUGGAUGCCGACCAUGCGAGUGCCACGUCCGAGGCUCUUACAACACCUUCUGCGAUGCGGAGACAGGCCAGUGCCACUGCUUCCCCGGGGUGUACGGGCGGCAGUGCGACCGCUGCCUGCCUGGCUUCUGGGGCUUCCCCAGCUGCCACCUGCCACUGUGCAACGGCCACGCCGACGACUGCAGCCCCUACACCGGGGAGUGCCUGAGCUGCCGGGACCACACGGCAGGGCACAACUGCGAGAGGUGCCAGGCUGGCUACUACGGAGACCCCGUCCUGGGAUCAGGCGACCACUGCCGCCCCUGCCCUUGCCCUGACGGCCCCGAGAGCGGACGCCAGUUUGCCAGUGGCUGUUACCAGGAUCCAGUCACACUGCAAGUCGUGUGUGUCUGUAGUGUGGGAUACAUAGGCAGUCGAUGUGAUGAAUGUGCGUCUGGCUUCUUUGGGAGCCCCGACGAGGUUGGCGGCGCCUGCCAGCCGUGCCAGUGCAACAACAACAUUGACACCACUGACCCAGAGGCCUGCAACAAGAAGACGGGAACAUGUGUGAAGUGCCUGUAUCACACGGAGGGGGAAAACUGCCACCUCUGCAAACAGGGCUACUAUGGGAGCGCCCUGCAGCAGGACUGCAGAAGGUGUGGGUUUGGCUUUUGUUUACACCAGAUGUGGCUGGACAGCAAGAGGAAGUCCUGCCUGGGAAGCAAGGGCCACGCCAGAGAGCUGAACCAUGUGGUGGGGAGGCAGAUGCUCCUCUCCCUCAGUGCUGGACGCAGCCUGGCAGGGCGGAUGGGUUGCUGGGUGGGCGAGCGGAGCCCUGUGGCAAGCAGAUUUGCCACCACAGCUGGCUGGCAGGAGGACUGCGAGGGCUCGGAGAGCUGCCAGUGCGAGGCGGCCACGGGGCAGUGCCGGUGCCUCCCCAACGUGGUGGGGCAGACCUGUGACCGCUGUGCCCCCCACACGUGGAGGCUCGCCAGCGGCGCCGGCUGCGAGCAGUGUGGCUGUGACCCCACACGCUCCCUCGGGCCUGCCUGCAACGAGUUCACGGGGCAGUGCCAGUGCAUGCCGGGCUUCGGAGGCCGGACCUGCCAGGAGUGCCAGGAGCUCUUCUGGGGUGACCCAGGCGUGGAGUGCCGAGCUUGUGAUUGCAACCCUCAUGGCAUCCAGACCCCGCAAUGCCACCGCGCCACCGGGCAGUGCAUCUGCAACGAAGGGGUGGAAGGGCCGCGCUGCGACAAGUGCUCCCGGGGCUACUCGGGCUUCUUCCCCAACUGUGUGCCGUGCCACCAGUGCUUUGCCCUCUGGGACGUGAUCAUCAGCGAGCUGGCUAAUAGGACCCAGCAGUUCCUGAAUAGGGCUAAUGCCCUCAAAAUCACUGGAGUCACUGGCCCAUACCAGCAGACACUCAACACCCUGGAGGAGAAGCUCAGUGAAAUUAAAACCAUCAUCACUCAAAAUCCAGCUGCUGAGCCCCUGAAGAACAUUGGGAAUCUCUUCGAGGAAGCAGAAAAGCUGACAGCAGAUGUUACAGUUAAGAUAGCCGACAUAGAAGAAAACCUGUCAGCCUUAGCAGUGAAGAGCAAUAGCACAGACGCUGACGUGAGUGCGCUGGAGACAGAUGCCAAAAGCCUAGACCAUGUCGUGAAAGAACUUGCAGAACAGCUAGAGUUCAUCAAGAUCUCUGAUGUUCGGGGAGCCUUGGAUAGUAUCACCAAGUAUUUCCAGAUGUCCCUGGAGGCAGAGGAGAGGGUCAAUGCCUCCACUGUUCACCCCGAUAGCGCCGUGGAGCUGUCAGCACAAACGCGGCAGGAAGUGGAAGACUUAAUCAAUGAGAAAGAGGCCCAGUUCAAGGCUAAACAAGAGGAGCAGUCGCGCCUUCUGGAUGAACUCGCAGGCAAGCUGCAGAGCCUGGAUCUUUCCAAAGUGGCUGAGAAGACCUGUGGCACUCCCGCAGGAGCCUCUUGUGCCGAGUCUGAGUGUGGCGGUUUAAACUGUCGAACAGAUGAUGGAAAAAAGAAGUGUGGAGGACCUGGCUGCGAUGGGCUGGUGACCGUAGCUCACAACGCCUGGCAGAAAGCCAUGGAUUUUGACAGAGACAUCCUCAGUGCAUUAGCAGAAGUUGAGCAACUCUCCAGAAUGGUUUCUGAGGCAAAACAGAGAGCUGAUGAAGCAAAACAAAAUGCCCAAGAAGUUUUGCUCAAAACCAAUGCUACAAAAGAACAAGUGGACAGAAGCAAUGAAGAUCUGAGAAAUCUUAUUAAACAGAUUAGAGACUUCCUAAUGCAAGACAGCGCUGACCUGGAUAGCAUCGAGGCGGUGGCUAAUGAAGUGCUGAACAUGGAGAUGCCAAGCACUCCCCAGCAGCUGCAAGCCCUGACAGAAGAUAUUCGUGAGCGUAUAGAAAGCCUUUCUGAUGUUGAGGUCAUUCUGCAGCAGAGCGCUGGAGACAUUGCCAGAGCAGAAAUGCUACUGGAGGAAGCUAAAAAAGCAAGCAAAGGUGCAACAGAUGUUAAAGUCACUGCAGACGUGGUGAAAGCAGCACUGGAAGAAGCUGAAAAAGCUCAAAAUGCAGCUGAGAAAGCCAUCAAACAAGCUGACGAAGAUAUUAAAGGAACCCAAGACCUGCUGACCUCGAUUGAAUCUGAAAAUGCAGCAUCUGAAGAAACACUGAACAAUGCUACCUUACGUCUGUUUGAGCUAGAGAAGAGUGUUGAAGACCUUAAGCAAAAGGCUGCCACCAAUUCAGAGAAUGUGGACAAUAUAGAAGAAAAAAUUAUUACUGCAAAACAAAAUGCGGAAGAAGUUAAAAAGGUCCUCAAUACCGAGCUGAACGACAAGUAUAAAACAGUGGAAGAUCUCAUUGCCAAGAAGACAGAAGAAUCAGCUGAUGCUAGGAGGAAAGCCAGCAUGUUGCAAGAUGAAGCUAAAGCCUUGUUGGCUCAAGCAAACAGCAAACUCCAGCUGCUCAAAGACUUGGAAAAUACAUAUGAAAACAAUCAAAAAGUUCUGGAAGAUAAAGCCAAGCAGUUGGUGGAGCUGGAAGAGACAGUUCGCUCCCUCUUACAGACAAUCAGCCAGAAGGUUGCUGUUUAUAGCACUUGCUUAUAAAUGGGAGCAGGAAAUGCUUGUGUUCAGGAUGGAUUUUACAAGUAUUACGCUAGUUCUUUUUGACAUUACACUAAGACCUGAUAAAGUGAACAGGUUUUAUAUUGACUUUCAAGUCACAGAACCAAAGACAAGUAACUUUUUGAUGUUGAAAAUAAACAGUACUUUUGUAUCACUGUACCUACCUAGUAUGACUCAUUAAGUUCCCUCCUAUUUUCAGUAGCUGAAACAGUGCAUCGAUUAAUCCUUUAGCAAGUCUUGCUUUUAAACUGGUUAGAGAUCUAAUAAAAUCUUGGCUCCAACUACGUAA